CGGCAGAGCACACAAGCUUCUAGGACAGAAGCCAACAAGAAACCACCAGAAGGAGCCAUCUCCUCUGUGCAGACAUGACUUCCAGACUGGCCGUGGCUCUCCUGGCAGCCUUCCUGCUGUCUGCAGCGCUGUGUGAUGCUGCAGUUCUCACAAGGGUUGGCACGGAACUUCGAUGCCAGUGCAUAAAGACGCACUCCACCCCUUUCCACCCCAAAUAUAUCCAAGAGCUGAGAGUGAUUGAGAGUGGGCCGCACUGUGAGAAGUCAGAGAUCAUUGUCAAGCUUAUCGAUGGAAGAGAACUCUGCCUGGACCCCAAGGAAAAGUGGGUGCAGAAGGUUGUGCAGAUGUUUUUGAAGAUGGCUGAGAAGCAAGCAUCAUGAAGAAAAAGCAUGCAUUCUCUUAUACUAUCCAAGAAUUCCUCAGGAACAUGUCCACGAAACUGCUAACAAUCAGUACUUCAUGUAUCGUGUGGGCCGACUGAAGGUUGCCAGAUAAAAUACAGGGGGCCUGGUUACAUGUGAAUUGCAGCAGAACAAUAGGCUUUUCAUUGUAUCCUGCAAUAUCUUGGACAAACUUACAUUUAAAAAAGUUAUUUGUUUGAAUUUACAGUAAACAACAAUAUUUUUUUUUAAAUGUAAGAACGUCCUAGAGAUUGCAGGGGAGAAUCUACAAAAAGCAAACAUGAGGUCAAGGGCUAGGAAAAUAUCUGCCUUUCAGUUUGAAAAAUUAAAUGGUUUUGCUAGAAAUGCAGCUUCAGGGAUCACAUGGAAAUAAUGUGACAAUGAAAUGUUCUGUAAAUUCAAAUUUGGCUGGAAACCUUGCAUUUUUAUUUGUUAAAUUUGGCAACCUUAGUCUGCUAGCCAGGUUCAACCAUGGCUUGGUCUCUCUUCUAUUUCUUGAUGGAAAAAGCAUCAGCCCCAUCCUACCUCACAGGGAUGUUGUGAGGACAGGUGUAUGCACUUAAAGCUUUCCUUGUGGUCGUGUAAAGUAUUUUUAAGGGUAACUUAUUCACAUAUUUAUUAUUUAUGUAUUUAUUUAAGAAUCAAAUAUAGUAAUAUUUGUGCAUGAAUUUGGAAAAUGGAAAGGAAAGUUAUUGAUAGCAUAGUUAUGAUCUUAUAGUGAAUUUAUAUUUAUUUUAGACAUAAAUGAUGUCAUAUUAGAACUUUUUGAUUAGGGUUUUCAGAUUAAACAAAAGAAGAAAGGAGGACACUCAGUUAAUUUUAUAUUUCAGAUAAACAAUUAAUAAUUUCUUUUGCAGUUUUUGGCCGGGGCUGGGUUUGAACCCGCCACCUCCAGCAAAUGGGCCUGGCGCCCUACUCCUUUGAGCCACAGGCGCCGCCCAAACAAUAAUUUCUUAGAGUGAGUACAUUGUUGUUUCCUGAAAUCUGAAUUGAACUGACUGUCCCACUUUCGACCCUCCACGCCGGGGCUUGUCAGUGGCAGCCUUGUCACUUUUCUUUUGAAGAAAAGUUGAAGAAACAGAACCUUUUCUGUUGAAGAAACAGAACCCCGAGUGAAUGACUAUCUCAAAAUAAGCAAACAUUCACAAGGCAACAUUAGCAAAGUAAUUUCUUGGUGGUGGUAACUUAUUUAUUAGGUACAAACAGGUUCUUAUAAUAUGAUUGACAUUGUGUUUCAACAGCAGGCUUUCUUUAUUUAUUUUUUUUUACUUUAAGAUGCUUUUAUGUGUUCUCAAAGAUUUUUUCUACUAUUUUUGUUAGUAUAGAAAUAUUGUAAUAAUAAAACAUUUAAAUAUAAUUUAUUAUAGAAGUCAUCAAGUUUGUCUUAUUUUGUGGUUUUAAUUUAUUGGGAAAUCUCUUUGUUUACAUUGAAAUAAUAUUUUAAUUUAGAAAGCAUAAUUAAUUCCCUUUAUUGUUUUGUAUAUUGUAUGAAAAAUUACAAACUUUUAUGUAGAAAAGCAGAAUUCCUUUCCAGAAAUAGGUUACAAACGGCAGUCUCUUCUACAGACUAUGGGCAACUUUUUCCACUCCCUGCUAUAUACCACUUCACUAAUAAAGCUGACUUUAA